CCACACUAAGGUGGAUAUUGUAUUCUAAUUGAAAUGACACAUACAUAAUUAUUGUGAAGGUAUUGACAUAGGUCAUAGGCAUAGACAUGUCUUUGACAUAGAAACGCCAUUUUUUUUUCAAGUGCAUUGACUUGACAUUCCCUAAAGCAGUUAGCCGAGCGAAUGCAAUGGAUUGUUUCAACUAUCGAUUAAUUCAACGCAAUAUGAGGAAAUACGACUUCCAAACUGUGAAAUUUGUGAGGAAUAUCUAAGAUCGGUGACGUUCGAAUGAUAUUUUUAGAACAAACAAUCUAGAUACAUGGGAAAAAAAGAUGUGGUUGUUUUGAAGGAUUAAUUAAAUUUUUUUGUAUGGAAGAUGGAACUACCUUAUAAGAAAUACACCAAGUGACAUUUAAAAGUGAGAUUAGAAGGAUAGAUAUGGGCAAAUGAUAUUUUAAGCCAAUUUACCAAGAAGUCUUUCUUCCAAUUUAUAUGUCACGGUAUAUAACGUGACGGUUUAGGAUAGAAAAUGGAUAUGAUAUUAAAACUCCUUUUAAUACUCCAGUUACCAGCGGUGCUUUGUCAGGAUGAUGGUAGUAGUGAUUUGAGUAAAGCGUUUAUAACACUGGGUAUUUUAUUCGGGGCCUUGGUGAUUUCUUUAAUCGUGGCUAAAAUAGUGGACUUUUGUUACGACCGAUCGACGUUAAGCGACGAUGCCAGCGAUAUCAGUGAACACACUAGAAAAUUAAUUCGUGCCAGACUGGCUGUUAUGGCAUUUCCAAAGAGGGGAGAGCCAGUUAACCCGGCAUCCAAAGCUCAAAGGGUUUCAAGAGUCAUCCGUAUAUGGUCUGCCAAAUCAAAGCGAAAUUCUCAAAUUAGCGCCGACAUAGUUGAAAAAGGUGGCAUUGAUGUAAGAGGUGAAAAACAAGGUCUAAAAGUCGCCUUUAUAGAUAUCCCAGAUACUAUACCUCAAAAAGACUUAAGCAAAAACACCACCGUAUCUACAUUACAAGUGCCCUUAGAUCCUGAUGUGAUGGUCCUAGAGUCCGCCGAUGACCUGUCCGAUAACAGUGCAUCACAAAAUAUACCGGUCGUCCUCAAAGUGCCAGUUCUUCCACCGGCCUCUACCCUAUUAAAGCAGGAGACAAAAAAGCCAGUAGAAUCUCAGAUGAAUGGCGCUAAAUCUGCAGGUAGCGUUGCCAAUACUGAUACUCAAACGAUCCAAUUACCAAGCACUCCAAAAUCAAUACCAAAAAAUGAAACGAAAUCAUCAACCGCAGUUCCAACGCCAUUGUAUGUUCCAUCUACAAGUAAACCGUUAAAUAAAUCCAAAAGUGCGCCUUCUAUUAACCCAAGAACUAAUUCGCCAAUGAAGGAGAAGCCCCAAAACGCUUUCCGAUCACCAUCUCCACCUAAAAUACUCGUGAAAAAACCUACGGAAUCUGAAUUUGUUCCGGUUGUAUCCCGCAAUCCUUCAACAAAAACUAACAUAAAAACUGUUUCAGAAAAAGACAAAAAUCAAACAGAUAUAGUGACAACGCAGCCUAAGUCUACGCGCACAAUGAGUGCAAAAUCCGAGAGCAGUUCACCAAGACAAGCUUCUGAAAAACGACGGCUGCAAACCACCGCACGCUCUGCUCCUUCUAAAAUAUUGUCAACGUCCAAUGAUGACGGUAAAAAGAUGGUUCAUUUUAAAGCCGAAUCAAAGAAAUCGGCUCCACCUAAUAAAAGUUUGAAAUGAAAUGAAUGGAGUUUUACGUCCUACUUUUCUACAACAUGUGGGCUAAUGGAGACGGGAGUAAAAGUUUGAAAUAAUCCACGUUGAUCUCCGAUCUCAAAGAAUGUUCAGUAUUUUUUUUUUUCCAAUUCGAUCGGAAACAGAAUGCCAGUCCAAAACUAGACUAGUAUAUUACGUUAGUGCCAAAUAUUUGUUUCUAUUUUGUGAGAAAUUGUUUACAAUAAAAGUUCAACACCAA